AUGACAAACCUACCAGAGCCUAAAUUUGCUGGUGUUGUGACGCUAAGUGCGUCUUCCGUGAUCGACGCUCCCAUCGAGAAAGUAUGGGAUGUCUUGUGCAAUUUCCAGAGCUACGGCGAAUGGCAUGCGCAGAUCAUCGUUGACGGCAAGACCAAGGAACCACUACCAGACCAGACCGCUCGCGAGAAUGCAUAUCUCUUGAUGGAGGUCCACAUACCACCUUCUUCCGAUUUCACACGUUCUCCGACGUCGCAACCACUGGAGAUAAUCACUACUGUCGAUCACACCAACCACCGCAUCGCAUGGGCCAACUGCAUGCCCAAGUGGCUAGUGAAUGCCGAGCGCUGGCAAGCACUCAGUGUGGUCGAGGACGGGAAGACCUUGUAUGAGACGCGCGAGGACAUGAGUGGCAUCGGCGCAUACUUCAUCAAGUGGUUCAUGUAUGGCAGUUUGAUGAAGGGGUUCCAGGCGGUCGCGGAUGGACUGAAGAAGAGGGCAGAGCAACUGCAGCGGUGA